AUGGCCCCCAAGGAGGACUGGGAGAAGUACGAGCGCAAGGCCACGGACGAGAAGGAGGAGAAGAUUGUUGCCCUCGAUGAGUCGGACAUUCAGAUCCUCAAGACCUACGGCCAAGGACCUUACUCUCUGUCGCUGAAGAAGAUUGAGGGUGAGAUCAAGGACAUUCAGAAGCGCGUCGACGAGAAGAUGGGCGUCAAGGAGUCGGACACUGGUCUCGCUCCCGCCAACCUCUGGGACACCAUGGCCGACAAGCAGCGCCAGGGCGAGCACCCUCUGCAGGUUGCCCGCUGCCAGACUAUCAUCCGUGCUGCCAACCCUCAAGCCGAGGACCAGCCGCUCAACCCCCAGGACGGUGCCGGUGCCGGUAACCCCGACGGUGACCGCUAUGUCAUUUCCAUCAAGCAGGUUGCCAAGUUUGUUGUUGGUCUUGGCGACCGUGUCUCGCCUACCGAUGUUGAGGAAGGCAUGCGUGUUGGUGUCGACCGGACAAACUACAAGAUCCUCAUCCCCCUGCCGCCCAAGAUUGACCCGUCGGUCACCAUGAUGCAGGUCGAGGAGCGUCCGUCGGUCACGUACGCGGACGUGGGUGGCUGCAAGGAGCAGAUCGAGAAGCUGCGCGAGGUUGUGGAGCUGCCUCUCUUGGAACCCGAGCGCUUUGCCAACCUUGGUAUUGAGCCUCCCAAGGGUGUGCUUCUCUACGGUCCUCCCGGUACCGGCAAGACCCUCUGUGCACGUGCCGUCGCCAACAGGACAGACUCGACCUUUAUCCGUGUCAUUGGUUCCGAGCUCGUGCAAAAGUACAUUGGCGAGGGUGCGCGUAUGGUUCGCGAGUUGUUCGAGAUGGCGCGCAGCAAGAAGGCGUGCAUCAUCUUCUUUGACGAAGUGGACGCGAUUGGUGGCGCGCGUUUCGACGACGGUGCCGGCGGUGACAACGAGGUGCAGCGUACCAUGCUCGAGCUCAUCAACCAGCUGGAUGGUUUCGACGCCCGCGGUAACAUCAAGGUCAUCAUGGCCACUAACCGUCCCGACACUCUGGACCCUGCUCUUCUCCGUCCCGGACGACUGGACCGCAAGGUCGAGUUCUCGCUGCCCGACGUUGAGGGCCGCGCACACAUUCUCCGCAUUCACGGCAAGAGCAUGAGCGUCGAGCGCGAUAUCCGUUACGACCUCAUUGCCCGUCUCUGCCCCAACGCCACCGGUGCCGAACUCAAGUCGGUCGCCACCGAGGCGGGCAUGUUUGCCAUCCGUGCGCGUCGCAAGGUGGCCACCGAGCGCGACUUCCUCGAUGCCGUCGAGAAGGUUAUCCGCCAGGGCACCAAGUUCUCCAGUACGGCCCUGUACGCACAGUACGCGAGUAUCAUGAUGGAACAGGACAAGUGGAGUAACCGAGCUGACGACCUGUGCAGAACUAAUUGUACGACAACGUCUGGGACAGAGAAGAUCAAGAUCAAGAUGGAGAUGGAGAUUGAGGACAAGGCGACGAGACUUGGAAGUGGGAGCAUGGUGACACUGGGUGGUCGCCUGGUGCGCCGUGUGCCUGCUGCUAGAAGAGAACGGCUCGUGUAUUGCAUAGCACUGGAUGGAUAUCAUGAACCCCACCGAACAAGGAAACGCGCGAACAAAGAACCUCGCGGUUCGCUUACCCCAUUUAGUGCCGCUGCUAUACGAGCUCCUACUCGCUCGCACCACUGA